CGAGCUCGCGGCGAAGGUGAACAACGUGGAGAGCCGCGUGACGAUGCGCAAGACCGUGAAGGCCGCCGACAGCCUGAGCCAGUGGUACGGCCCCGAUCGCAGCCUGUUCCUGGGCCCCUUCUCCUCGCCUCCCUCGUACCUGAAGGGCGAGUACCCCGGCGACUACAGGUGGGACACGGCGGGCCUGUCGGCGGACCCUGAGACGUUCGCGAAGAACCGCGAGCUGGAGGUGAUUCACUCGCGCUGGGCGCUGCUCGGCGCGCUUGGCAUCGUGUUCCCCGAGUUUCUGGCGCGCAACGGCGUGCCGCUGGGCGAGGCGGUGUGGUUCAAGGCGGGCGCGCAGAUCUUCAGCGAGGGCUGGAGGGAUUUCAGGAGGUGGACGACCCGAUCUACCCGGGCGGAGCGUUCGACCCGCUGGGGCUGGCGGACGACCCCGACGCGUUUGCGGAGCUGAAGGUGAAGGAGCUGAAGAACGGGCGGCUGGCGCAGGUGGCGGUGCUGGGCUUCUUCGUGCAGGCCAUCGUCACCGGCAAGGGGCCCCUCGAGAACCUCGCCGACCACCUCGCCGACCCCGCUG